AUGUCUGCGGUGGAGACCUUAUCCAAGUUGCAGGAGCAGGCGAGGAUGUACAUCAAAAAGAUAGAAGCAGAGAAGAAGAGAACCAAGGAGAUAGACGGGGAGAUGGAGAAGCUGACGGAGGAGACUGAGCAGCAGCGCAAGGCCCUGGGAGGAGUCCGGCUGGCGCAGCAGGAGAACGCCAAGAAGCAGAAGCAGAUCAAGCUGCUGGAGGACAAGCUGGAGAAGGCGAGGGUUAAAUACAACGAGGCCCUGAGCUCCAACAAGCACCUGCGGGAGAAGAUCGACAACCUGAGGCGAGAGCGGGUGGUGUUCGACGGGGUGUACACGAGGCUGGAGAAGGAGCUGGCGGAGAAGAAGGAGGAGAUGCACAAGAUCGUGGAAGUGUCUAACGCCGCCUACGACGCGAGGGAGCGGGCGAACCAGGAGAUGGAGGCGCUCAAGAACCAGGCGGAGCAGGAGCAGAAGGCCUUCGAGGCGGAGUGGAACGAGCUCGGGAAGCUGAUCGAGCACGACGCGAAGAUGAAGGAGUACAUGAAGCAGCGGGAGAAGGCGCUCAAGUCCGGGGUGGACAUGGAGGACGAGGAGAAGCUGAGGAAGAAGAUCCUCAAGAGCAACCCCAACAUCGCCAAGGACAAGGCAGCGCAGCAGGCGUCGCUGCGCAAGGUGCAGGAGUUCGAGGAGGCGUUCGCCAAGAUUCAGGCGGCGACGGGGAUCUCGGACAUCGACGAGCUGGUGGCGACGUUCAUCGAGGCGGAGGACCAGAACUUCUCGCUCUUCAACUACGUCAACGAGCUCAACAGCGAGGUGGAGAAGCUCGAGGAGCAGAUUGCCGACCUGCGCAAGGAGAUUGAGAAGCAUAGAGGUCAAGCACAGAGCACAGAUAACCAGAAGCGCAAGGUGCUGCAGGAGCUGGAGGACAAGCUUGCCAAGACCGAGGCCCGCACAGAGCAGUAUGAGACUCGCGUCAGGAAGGCGACGGAGACGAUCACGGUGCUCAAGGACGGCAUUCAGGAUGUCUUCGAGAAGAUCGGAUGCUCCCAGAACGGCGUGACGGAGAUGCUCGGAACCACAGGAGUGACGGAGGGCAACAUGAUGCAGUACUUGGGCAUCAUCGAGCAGAGGACGAACGAGAUCCUCCAGAUCUAUGCAGCGAUCCAGAUGCAGCAGCAGGGCGUGCCGCUACAGGAAUCGCUGCUCAACAUCCUCGGGCAAGGCCCGACGGUGUCGGCAGGGAGCGUGAAGGUACAAGUGAACGCGCCCAACAUGAACGAAGACUCGGACUCAAUGUCGGACUCCGAUGAGGUAGGAGGAGGAGGAGGAGGAGGAGGAGGAGGAGGAGGAGGAGGAGGAGGAGGAGGAGGAGGAUCAUGGAGAACUACAUGA